AUGGCCGCUAUAUUCUCCGAGGCGAGGCAGUGCGAGCUUCCGGCUCUUGACGAACUGGAGUGAGGGAGAAGAAGCAGAAGGAGGAGAAGAAGAGGAGAGGGAGAGGGAGGGGGAGAGGGAGGAAGAGGAGACUGGCUCCUCGUCAAGAAGGGAGGGUCUUGCCAGGUCGCCGCCCUAGGCUGGCCUGCGAGCUCAUCGUCAUGGGGGUGCACGAGGGCUCGUGUCCACGAGCAUGAAGCCGAGGCUCUCUUGAGGCUGAGGAACGCGCGCUGCACCGAUUGUGGUCUCGAACUCGACGAAACGCCCGGCCGCCAUGGAGAGGAAACGUUUCGCUUACUGCUUGGCCGUGUCAGCGGCCUUGAUUCUCCUCUUCGGGAGGCUCGAUGUGUACGUCCCAGCUGCAGUGAAAGAUCCUCAAAGAGCCACGCUGCACAAGAGUCUGAAGAACAUGGCCUGCGAUGAGACGACGGUGUUCAUUCAAGACAAGUUCCUGUCAUCGACGUCCGGCGUGACGAAGAGGGUGAAGGAGGAGGCCGCAAGGGCCAAGGCUGGGACCUGCGAACAGGAAAAGCAAUUCAUCUUCAAUUUCAUCAGCAAACAGCUGCCGGAUGUGAGCGGAGGAGGGCACAUUGGCACCAAAUCAUGGUUCUCAUUCCCACCUUCUUCCUGCCUGUCGUGUCUCGCUUCUGUGUGCCUGGCGCACGACCAGUGUGACAAAUGCUGCCGGAAAAGACACUCCACAUUCUGUUACGAUUGUCGCUGAUGAGAAUCCCUCUCGAUUAUUAGUGCCGGCUCUCGCAAGACAUCCGGUACCAUUAUAUUUGUACAUAUAAGUGCCAGAAUCAAUUAAAGGAAAUUGUAUUAGACAUGCAUUGGACGACAAGUCUGGAGAAAAAUCUCGCAGAUGAUUUGUAGUAGAAUUCCGAUACUCGCAAUUUACGAGCGGAAGUUCCUUACUGACGCCGCUCCUUCCGCAAAGCAGUGGUAUUCGUGCAUCAUCCGAUUUGGUGGGUCGGACUGCUCUGCUGUCGAAAUUCUUUUGCUCUCGUGAUCACCAGUGAAUAUUAUUUCUACCUGCUGUAUUCCUUCACCAAAAAAACUCUCUCGUGCGUCCAUUACGUCGCACCUGAGCUUUAUAAAGGGCUUUAUUGCUGCA